ACAUACACCAAGCAAGGAUUGAUUUAGAUAAGAGCCAUACAUGGACCUCAUGCGUGGCCUGUGGCGCUUGAAAAACAUGUUUGGCUACUGAUAGCAUUGAGCUUGUGGUUAGCAGUGCAAGAGGAGUCAUGAUGUGGCCCAUGUAGAAACACUCCCAUUUAUCUAUUUAUUUGACUGGACAUAGAAAAAGAUGGCAGAGAUCUUUUCUCGCUUGAAUAUGUUCAAACUCGGGUGGAGAGGCGUGAAACCGAUCAUGAAAACCGUGAGUCCCGCAGCUCCUUCUGCGCAGAUGCUGCGCCGCUACAGCGCAGACCGCAGCUUGUUUGGACUUCUAUUUGACAUUGACGGAGUGCUGGUGCGUGGACGGACGCUCAUUCCAGAAGCCAAACAGUGUUUCAGGAACCUGGUGGACGGGAAUGGAAAAUACAAGGUUCCCGUCGUGUUCGUGACGAAUGCUGGGAACAGUCUACGACAAACCAAGGCCGAGCAGCUGUCUCACCUCCUGGAGGUCGAAGUGUCUCCAGAUCAGGUAAUGCUGUCUCACAGUCCGCUGCGGGUUUUCACUCAGUUCCAUGACCUGUGCGUGCUGGUGUCCGGACAGGGACCAGUGGUGGAGGUUGCACACAAUGUAGGUUUUAAGAACGUUGUGACAAUUGACAUGCUGAGGGAGGCGUACCCUCAACUAGACAUGGUGGAUCAUCAUCGUAGACCCAAAGACGAAGUUCCCCCCUCUAAGAAUUUACCACCAAUUGAAGCUGUCAUCCUUUUCGGUGAGCCUAUCAGGUGGGAGACUAACUUGCAACUGAUUCUUGAUGUGCUCUUGACCAAUGGGAUGCCGGGAAACCCUGUGACAUCACUGCAUUACCCACACAUCCCUGUACUGGCCUGCAACAUGGAUCUGCUGUGGAUGGCCGAGGCAAAAAACCCUCGAUUCGGUCACGGUAUGUUCCUGGUGUGCCUGGAGAAUAUCUAUAAGAAGAUAACUGGUUGUGAGCUGAAGUAUGAAGCUCUGAUUGGAAAACCCAGCGUUGUGACCUAUAACUAUGCAGAACUACUCAUUCGACAGCAGGCCGAGAGCUUGGGCUGGACCCGACCCGUUGAGAGACUUUACGCCAUCGGUGACAACCCCAUGGCAGACAUUUAUGGUGCAAAUCUGUACAACCGCUAUCUCAAAGCAGUGCGUCGCACUGGCGCUCAGGUGCAAGCUCAGGGUGGCUCGACCGGCCAGGUAACUGGAGACCUGCAGUGUGAAGUGUUCGACGACGACAAACGUUCUGGACAGGUGAUGGUCGGGGAUUCGUUCGAACAUCAGCUACCUGAUGGUUGCAGCUCCAUUCUGGUCUGUACAGGCGUCUAUAACCGCGACCACCAGGACUUGCCCUCUGACCCCAAGCAGACGGUCACAGAGCACCAGAUUUUCCACGGUCACCGGGACUUUCGAUUCGACCCCAGCCUGACCCAGCCUUCCUUCGUAGUCCAGGACGUUCAGGAAGGAGUGGAGUUGAUCUUUCAGCUUGAGGGUUGGCAACUGCACUAGAUCCACGGUUUCCAAAAUGAUGCCUUCAAGGAAUGUUCCGGGUUCAGUACACGUUUAGCUCCAUCAACAGCAGUCGUGGCAUUAUGUCCAUUACCCCAGAAAAUAAUUGUGACUCCUCAGAUAGUGAAUGCGGCCAGUGCCUAUACUUUUUUGUGGUAAUCCGCAUUAUGGCACAAAUGUUGCCUAACUUGUAUUUAAACCUGAAACGUUCCUUUUUUUUUUUUUAGGAACGCCCACAACUACAAACCCACAACAAGUGCACCAUUCAGGACAGGGCCUUUGCGUUAGGACGUGUCCUUGAGUGCUGCAGUAGGGGGUAGGGUACAGAUUUACUCUGUUGCCAUCAGCUCAAACAGUGCAUUGUAGGAAAUUCAGCAUGAAUAAUGCAAACAUAAGCUACACAACAAGCU